CGGCCUGGCUCUAUGGUGCUCUGCGUCGCCAAGGCGACGGUAGCCGGGCAAGAUGGCGUCGGCGGUGGAGGCCGGGGGGAGGCUGCGGCGGGCGGUGGAGGGAGGCGAGCUGGCGGGGUUGCCCGCCGGUCUGCGGGCCGAGCUGGAGGAGGCACUGGCCUCCGAAGGCGCCCUGGUGUCGUUCAGUCUGCUGCGGAGGCUGCACACCGCGCUGCGGGAGGCAGAGUCCCCGCUGCACCUACAUGAGCUCCUGGAAGGCAGCGAGAUCCACCUGCCGCCGGUGCCGGUGCCGCCACGGAACCCCGAGCUAGUGGCCCGGCUGGAGCGGAUAAAGGCCAGGCUGGCCAACGAGGAGUACCGGCGGAUGACCCGCAACAUCACCGGCCAGGAGACGCACGGGACAUUGGCUGAAUUUGGGAGGCAAGUUCGCUCUGUUAAAGCUGUUGUCAUCACCAUAUUCAACUUCAUUGUCACCGUGGUGGCCACCUUCGCCUGCACGUACCUGGGCAGUCAGUACCUCUUCGUGGAGACCGCGGCGCGUGUCCUGUCAGCCGUCAUCGUGGCCUCAGUAGUGGGUUUGGCCGAGCUGUACGUAAUGGUGCGGACCAUUGAAGGGGACCUAGGGAAACUAUAACCACGUGUGUUCUCCUGGACUGCAGCCCAUGUGCUGGAGGGUUUUGCCCUCCCCAGAGGUCCUUAAUUUGGGGCAGGUUUAUCUUCAACCAUCUGUCUAUACCU